AUGCCACCAGCCUCAACAUCACCCGAGCUACCCAACCCACAACAAUUGACCACUGAGGGAACCAAGUACGACCACUCACGGAGACAUUAUGUUUUGAUCGUCCUUUCUGGCUUUAUGCUCAAUUUCACUGCCUGCGGCGUGGUGUUCGCCUAUGGUAUCUUCCAAGCUGAAUAUGAGAAGAUGGCUGACCAAGAAGGAACCCCCUUCACUGGUGCCUCGUCUGCUGAGAUCACUCUGAUUGGUAGUCUUUCAUCGGCGAUGAUGAAGCUAGGAGCGCCAUUCGUGGUCGCAUGGUGCAAGUGCUUUGGCCCCAGAAUUAUCGUCUGCGUUGGGGGCUUUAUCUUUGGACUAGCUAAUGUCCUGGCAAGUUUCGGAACAGCAUCCUGGCACUUUCAACUUUCCCAGGGCCUGCUCCUCGGGAUCGGGAGUUGUCUUUCGUACAUGCCAUCCAUGACGGUGCCACCCACUUGGUUCUCAAAGCGCAGCGGGCUCGCCCUCGGCAUUAUUUCGGCUGGUACUGGUAUCGGAGGUUUGGUCUUUGCCCCAGUCAUUCAGGCCUGUAUCAACGUGAUUGGUUUCCGUAAUACACUCCGGCUGAUAGGGUGCUUGUCAACCCUUCUGAUCUGUGCCUCGGGCUUAGUGAUUUAUUGGGAGCCAUCGACGGCUGCCCGUCUCAGAGAGGAAGCUGCCGGGAGGUCCUUAAGCAGACGACUUUUCUGGGUGCCCCUACCACCCUGGGCCAUGGUGAAACAGCGCAAGUUCAUUGCACAGCUUCUGAAUGCGGUCUUCCAGAGUGCAGCCUACUACACGCCGAUCUACUACAUCUCCUCGUACGGACAGACCCUGGGCUACAGCGAGUCCGAGGGGGCCAACUUUACCUCACUGAGUAACGCAUGCAAUGCAAUCGGCAAGAUCGCCGUGGGGUAUCUCGCUGAUUAUAUUGGCCGAUUGAAUUCCUUCUUCUUGGUGACUCUGUUCAGCGUCUUGGGCACCGUUGGGCUCUGGAUUCCCAGUACGCUUGUCGGGUCGUCGUUGCACGGGGAGGCUGCAGCCAAAGGCUGCUUUAUCGUUUUCACCAUUAUCUACGGACUCUUUGCCAGCGCGUAUAUUGGACUCUUUUCGCCUGCCCUAGUCGAGCUCUUUGGCCUGCACGACAUGCCACGUGUGACCGGCUUUAUGUACAUGUUGCAAGGGGCGGCCGGCUUAGUGGGCACGCCGCUUGCUGGAGUGAUGGUCAAGACGUACAACGGCGAGACCACGUCCCGUAGCUACCUGGAUAUGGCCAUCUUUGUCGGUGCGUUGAUGGUGGCGUCCACCCUAACUGUGGCCUGGGUCAGAUUAGAACAAGGGUUUGACCAUGUCAGUGGCCGGUUUGCCUGGAAGUGGAAACUCUAG